AUGUGUCAAGGUCAACGAGGGUUAAUUAAAAUGUCUGGAAGGACGGAAAGGGGUUGUUUGGUGGUGUUUCUGGUAUUUACCUUGUUAAUUUACAAGUCAUCCCAGAUAGGUUCAGUUACACCAGAAGUCAUUGUGCUAGAUACCAAUGGAAACCAAAAAGAAUUGGACGGAGUUGCUAUUGUUUAUAAUUCUUACGUCACUUUAAUUUGCCGUACAGUAUCUGACGAACAUCUUCUGAGGUGGCUGUAUGCACCAUCACAAGAUGAAACAUUUACGCCACUAAAUAAUACAGACCAUAUUACCAUUUCGUCUCAAAAAAAUGAAGAAGUAUCGUUGCUACUCAUCAAUGUUCAGUUUAAUAUGUCGGGCGUGUAUCAAUGCACUAAUGGACUUGCUAGUCGUCAAAUAGACGUUCACGUCUAUGGAGUUUUAAACAAGAUUAGUAGUACUGUCCACUUGAUGAAAAAACAUGAGGUGGUUGGUGCUUACAGUCUCCAGAUUAACACAAUCAAUUCAAGUUAUCAUCCUGUUAUUGCAUGUGAAUUCCGGGUUGGUUCAAAUGGUAUAAGAUAUACUACUGUCCGUUGGAGAGGCGGAAAGUAUCAUGUUAAACCCAAUCUUUACAAAGUUACUGAGAGUCGAGACGAAAAGUCUGGCAUAAUAUGGAGUAAUUUGACAUUGCUUCAUCCUUCCUAUGACCAAGAACUGUACGGAAAGUAUUAUUGCAUGUUCAAUAUUGUGCCUGGUACUAUGGAGACUGCUGAAUUACAAAUAAGCAUCCCACCAUUAAUACACAAAAAUGAACGUAGUGUAAAUCUUUAUUCUGGUGUGAAAUACACUUACUUUUGUGAUAUUAUUGCUUAUCCACCAAUCACUGAACCUAUUUCAUGGAUGAGGAAUGAUGUUCCUCUAGUAAUCCAACAUAAUGGUCGAGAUUCUGAAAAUCGUAUACAUUUUGAAAGUAAAAACUUUCUCAAUGAUCAAAUUGUAUUCGAUACAAUACAAUCAGAUGAUAGAGCUGUCUAUUCAUGUUUUGUUCGAGGAGCAUUUGGAAAUGAUACAGCAGCUUUCUUUUUACGAGUGAAAGAUCGUCAUGCUACGCUAUGGCCUUUAAUUGGUAUUAUCCUAGAAGUGGUGGUUUUGUUUAUAAUUAUUUUAAUUUAUGAAAUAAAGCGCCGUGAGCGUGCUAAACGAGAAGAAGCUGGGGAAAAUUUGGUCACAUCUAGCAAAACACCAAAUGCAGCGUAUGGAGUUGAUGAAGCGAGUGAGAAUAUGUUAUUACGACAACGAGGUGAUCGUCACUAG